AUGACAAAGGAAUCUAAGACUGCCUCUGAGCGGUAUCAAAAGAUCUCUCAAUUGGAUCAUAUUUUGAAGAGACCAGACACGUAUAUUGGAUCAGUAGAAUCCCAAGAACAAACGCAAUGGAUUUAUAAUGAUGAAAAAGACUGCAUGGAAGAAAAGAAUGUGAGCAUUGUUCCUGGUCUUUUCAAGAUCUUUGAUGAGAUUCUUGUCAAUGCCGCUGAUAAUAAAGUUCGUGAUCCAACAAUGAAACGAAUUUAUGUGACGAUAAACUCAGAAGAUAACUUAAUCGAAGUGAAAAAUGAUGGUAAAGGGAUUCCUAUAGAGAUUCACGAGAAGGAAAAAAUUUAUAUACCAGAAUUAAUUUUUGGUCAUCUUUUAACAUCCUCAAACUACGACGACGACGAGAAAAAAGUAACAGGUGGGAGAAACGGAUAUGGUGCUAAGCUGUGUAAUAUUUUCUCGACUGAAUUCAUUUUGGAGACUGCCGAUCCAUCAACUGGGAAAAAAUACACGCAAAAAUGGGAAAGUAACAUGAGUAAAUGUCACCCCCCAAAAAUAACGGCCUUCAAAAGCGGUGGUUCUUUUACAAAAGUAUCUUUCAAACCAGAUUUGAAGAGAUUUUCAAUGGAGAAAUUAGAUUCAGAUAUCUUAGGAGUUAUGCGUCGUCGUGUUUAUGACAUAAAUGCGUCUGUUCGAGACAUCACAGUUUACCUAAAUGGUAAAUCUCUGAAAAUCAGAAGCUUUAAAAACUACGUUGAACUUUACAUCAAAUCAAUUGAGCGUAAAAAACUAGAGGAAAAUGGUUCUGAAGAUACUGCUCCUGAGAAGAUUCCUAAGAUUCUUUACGAAAGGGUGAAUGACAGUUGGGAGUUAGCUUUUUGUGUGUCAGAUGGUACAUUUCAACAAAUCUCGUUUGUCAACUCUAUUGCAACGACUUCUGGAGGUACUCAUGUUAAUUAUAUAACGGAUCAACUUGUUAGAAAAGUGUCCGAUUCUCUGAAGAAGGAAAAGAAGUCAGUUAAACCUUUCCAAAUCAAAAACAAUAUGUUUAUCUUCAUCAAUUGUCUGAUUCAAAAUCCAGCUUUCACUUCACAAACAAAAGAACAACUAACUUCAAGGGCUAAAGAUUUUGGUUCAGUCUGUGACAUUAGCAAAGAAUAUAUCAAGAAAAUAAUGAAUACCGAUCUAUCAUUGAGAAUAUCUGAAAUUGCAACGAAAAAUGAUGCUGCGGCGUUAAAGAAGACCGACGGCUCUAGAAAAAACAGGAUUACAAGUUAUACAAAACUAGAAGAUGCUAAUAAAGCGGGCACGAGAGAAGGUCAUAAAUGUACUUUGGUUUUAACGGAAGGUGAUUCCGCCCUGUCCUUGGCAGUCGCUGGGUUGGCAGUUGUAGGAAGAGAUUACUAUGGCUGCUACCCGUUGCGUGGAAAGAUUUUGAAUGUCAGAGAAGCUUCAGCUGAUCAGAUCUUGAAAAAUGCCGAGAUCCAAGCUAUAAAGAAAAUCAUGGGGCUUCAGCAUGCCAAACGGUAUGAAAACGCUUCUUCUUUAAGAUACGGUCAUUUGAUGAUUAUGACAGAUCAAGAUCAUGAUGGAUCUCAUAUAAAAGGGCUUAUAAUCAACUUUUUGGAUAGCUCCUUCCCUGGUUUACUAGAUAUUCCAGGAUUUCUAAUUGAGUUCAUAACACCAAUCGUUAAGGUUACAAUAAUGAGACCACGUAGAGAUGUUAUCUCCUUUUAUAAUAUGCCUGAUUAUGAGAAAUGGAGAGAAGAGGAAUCCCAUAUGUAUACUUGGAAACAGAAGUACUAUAAAGGUUUAGGUACAUCGACCGCUAGGGAAGUUAGGGAGUAUUUCACAGAUCUUGAUAGACACUUAAAAAAAUUCCAUUCUUUACAGGACGGUGAAAAAGAUUUGAUAGAGUUAGCCUUUUCAAAGAAGAAAGCAGAUGACCGUAAAGAGUGGCUACGACAAUACGAGCCAGGGACUGUACUGGACUCUACACUAUCUGAGAUCACAAUAAGUGAUUUUAUCAAUAAAGAGCUCAUUUUAUUCUCAUUGGCCGAUAAUGUCCGCUCUAUUCCAAAUGUUCUCGAUGGUUUCAAGCCAGGUCAAAGAAAAGUGUUAUAUGCUGGUUUCAAAAGAAAUUUAAAGUCUGAAAUUAAAGUUUCAGAGUUCGCUGCAUAUGUUUCUGGGCAAACCGCAUAUCAUCAUGGUCCAGAGGCUUUGGAACAAACGAUCGUCGGAUUAGCACAAAACUUUGUUGGUUCCAAUAACAUAAAUCUUUUAAAACCCAAUGGUGCAUUUGGUACAAGAGCGACAGGUGGUAAAGAUGCAGCAGCAUCAAGGUAUAUUUACACAGAGCUGAGCAAAAUCACCAGAAAGAUUUUUCAUCCAUCAGAUGAUCCACUAUAUACAUAUGUUCAGGACGAUGAAUCAACGGUAGAACCGGAAUGGUAUCUUCCGAUUCUCCCAAUGGUACUGGUGAAUGGUGCUGACGGUAUAGGAACUGGGUGGAGUACCAAUAUUCCACCAUUCAACCCGAUGGAUAUCAUCCAAAAUAUAAAGCACUUAAUGGAUGAUGAAAAAAUGGAAGAUAUGCACCCUUGGUUCAAAGGUUGGAGCGGGUCAAUUGAGAAAAUUGAGUCACAAAGAUACAGAAUGUAUGGUAGGAUUGAGCAAACAGGCCCAAACAUACUGGAAAUCACAGAACUACCAGCCCGUACAUGGACAUCCACAAUAAAAGAGUAUUUAUUGUUGGGCCUUAGUGGUAGUGAAAAGGUAAAAGCUUGGAUAAAAGAUAUGGAGGAGCAACAUACCGACACAAUUAGAUUUAUUAUUACUUUGACAAAUGAAGAAAUGGAAAAGACUAGAAGAAUUGGGUUCUACGAAAGAUUCAGAUUGACUUCCACCAUAAGCUUGAGUAACAUGAUUGCUUUCAAUGCACAGGGUAGAAUUAAAAGAUAUGAAACAGUGUAUGAAAUACUGGAGGAGUUUUAUUUUGUUAGAUUGGAGUACUACCAAAAGAGGAAAGAUUACAUGGGAGAAAGACUGCAAUGGGAAAUUGAGAAACUUUCCUAUCAGGUGAAAUUCAUUAAAAUGAUAAUAGCGAAAAAUCUUACCGUCACCAACAAACCAAGACGUGAAAUUAUUCUUGAGCUCCAGAAUUUAGGUUUUCCAAGAAUUGAUAAGAUCGGAAGGCCUCACUACGAGAAGGUGGAGGAAAAAAUGGAUGAAGCAAUUCCUAAUGAGGAUGAAAUUGAUGAUCAAAACUCAGACAUAAUCAACGGACCCGAAGAAGCUCAUGGAACAUACGACUAUCUGCUUGGUAUGAAAAUUUGGGCAUUGACCAAAGAACGCUACGAACGACUAUUGAAGCAAAAGCAGGAAAAGGAAGCUGAACUUGAAGAGCUUCUCAAAUUAUCAGCAAAAACUCUUUGGUGUAAAGAUAUUGAUGAAUUUAUUACGUCUUACGAGGAGUUCAUGCGAUUGGAUGAAGAGAUAAGAAAAGGUGAAACCUCCGUGAAGGGUAAAGGUAAAAAGAGAAAGACGAAGUCCAAAGAUGAUGCCGAUUACAAUCCUUCAAAUAAGCAAAAGAAACAAAAGCUCGCAAAAAACGCAAAAAAGAUAGGUCUAAACAUGAUAAAAGAUGAUCCAGAUUUUGAGAAAAUUAUGAUCGAACCAAAGCUGCUCACUAAACAUAAAAAAGUCUCCAAGCUAAAAAGUGAAAACCAAUCAGAUACAACCCCAAAGCCCCCUCCCAUUAAACUAGAGGGAGCUACAAGUACAGCAUUGGAUACACCAGCUUCUUCCACGGUUUUUGACAGUAAGAUUAAACAAGAAAAUCGUGGAGGGGAGAAUGGGUUCAGUGCCUUUUCCAGUAGAUUUAAGAAGCUAAGCUCUAAAUUUGAUGAUUUAGAAAGUUCAAAGGAAAAUACACCCGGGAGCGCGGAUCCUUCUGACACUCAGAGCCUUGAUAACGAUCAACUUAUUGAGAAGCAUAGCACCACUGUGACAUCAAGUGCGAAUGCUGCCGAGCACCCCGCAAAAAAGACCAUUCGCAAAGUCAACUCCAGGAACAAAAAGCCCAAAAGCAUUGAAUCAUCGAGCAGUGAUAACGACGAAUCCUUCUCGGAUUCUGAAAGGCAAGAUGAAGAGGAAAGCAUUUUUGUAAAGAGACGACCAAGAGCCUCAAGGGCUUCUGCACCACGGAAGCCACUCAUUGAAACAAUAGACCUGUCAGAUGAAAGUUUCAUUGAGCCUGACGAGAACAAUGAAUCAGAUGAAUCAUUCAAAGACGAAGAUUAA